UCAAGUUAAAUAACAAUACUAUCUGUUUAAUAGGUUCUUCAAUAAAACAGUGAAAACACAACAUAUAACAAUCAUCACUUUCUUGUCCCUUUGCUAAAGGUCUAUAAAUGGUUGGUCAUUCUUGAGCAGCUUACAAUACAAAAUAGCAAAACCUAACCCUUGUUUCUCAACAGGCUACCACCAUAGAUAUGAAGACUUUCUCCGCUUUCCUCAUUUUCUGCUUUCUCCUCCUGUUUGCGAAUCUUAUCCAUGCUAGAAAAGAACCAGGGGAGUACUGGAGAAGUUUGAUGAAAGAUCAACCCAUGCCCGAAGCAAUCAAAGGGCUAUUACAUGAAGAUCCGACAGGUUCUGGGAAGAAAGUGAAGCAUUUUGUAAAAGAUUUCGACAGUAGGCAUAGCCUUAUACUAUACCACAACAGGCCCGAGUCUAAGCAACAAGACAUGACAUAUGGCAAGGAUGAGGAACAAGUACAUAAAUCUGAUAUAAAAAACUAGACAGCUUUCAUAUUUGUCUGAUAUGUAUGCAGCUGCUUGGUUGUUGUGAUUAGUAUUUUAGAGUUUAGACAAUCAGAAACACUAUUGCUGUUUCUAUUGGGGAAUAAACAUCCAUCAUUUUCUUAGUUA